AUAUAACUCUUAUCAAGGUGCUGGAAAAAGUACUCUUGGUAACAUGCUUCUCGACAGACCACAUGACAAAGGACCAUUUGUGGUUUCAGAUAGUAUGGAUUCCUGCACGCAAGAAUGUGGUGAAUCAGAAGUGACAAUCAACGGACAGAAAUUUAAUAUUGUUGACACACCCGGAAUUUUUGAUACAAAUAAACCUGAUGAGGAAGUUUUCAAAGAAAUUGCCAAAACAGUUCAAAAAUGCGCUUAUGGUGUUAAAGCUAUACUUUUUGUUUUCGAAGCUAAGCGUUUUACUGCAGAACAAAAAAGUGUUUUGAAUGGCAUAAAAACAUUUCUUGGAGAAGAUGCAUUAAAUCAUAUGAUUGCCAUUUUUUCUCAUGCAACAAAAAAGCAAAAUGAAGAUAGGGAUGAAAUGCGAAAGGCUUGGAAUCCGGCUAUUGCCACCCUUAUUGGAAGAAUAGGAAACCGGUGGGGAAUAUCCCCAAAUUCGGAUUUCUUCCCUCCAGAACAUGAAAAAUACAAAUUAAGGUUAUUAGAAAUUAAAGAUUUCAUCAUAAGCACAUCAGGUUACUACACUACGGAAAGUUUUAAAUUGGUUCGACAAGAACAAGAGAGGAUUGAGCGUGAAAAGCAAGAGGAAGAAAGAAAAAUAAAGGCGGAGUACGAUGAAAAGUUAAGAAAAGAAGGGAAAGAGAAAGCAGAUAGAGCAUAUCAAGAAGAAACGAACAGAAUGAAAAUCGAAUAUGAACAAAAACAGAGAGAUUCUUUAGAUGCGAUGGCGAAUGAAAUGAAAAAUCGGUUUGAUGAAAUGAAAUCCGAAAUAUCCAAUCUGAAUAACAAAAUUGCACAAUUGGAAUCCGAUGGUUGUUUUGCUCUUGAUACAAAGGUGCAACUUGCUAGCGGUAAAUUGAUAGAAAUGGCAGAACUCCAAGUUGGUGAUCUUGUUUUAAGUGAUGUCAAAAAUAACUGUCUCGAGUUUUCAGAAAUUUAUUUGAUAUCUCAUCUGGGACAUUGCGAUAAUCCCCUUGAUAUGGUAAAAAUUAAAUUCACAAACCCCGAUGGAAGUAAAGGUUAUAUUCGAAUGACACCUACACAUUGCAUCUUUAGUAGUGAUUUAUCACUCUUAUAUGCUCAAGAUGUGGUACCAGGUGAAACUAAAAUCUUGGUUUUGGAUAAAUCAAAUAAACUUAUCCCUGUUCUUAUUGAUAGCAUUGACAUUGAAAAAGAUAACGGCUAUAUCAGUUUUUAUACACGUGCUGGCACCGUGAUUGCCAACAAUAUGUUGUGUUCAUGCUAUGAUGAUUGCCCGCAAUCACAAUUUUUAAUGGACCUGGUAUUUGCACCAAUUCGAUUGUGGACUAAAGUAUUUUCUUCUACUCAUCGUCAAAAAGAACUUCAUCCAUAUGUGCAAAUCUUGGAUACCGCUUAUGUCAUUUGGUGUAAAGCAUUAGAGGGAAUUAAAAUGAUUGGACAGAAGGAUGCGAUUGCUUAA